AUGAUCUUCAUCAAAGAACUGAACACAACAGAUGCUGGAAGUUACCGGAUGGGGUUUAAUAAUCAGAGGUUCAUUGAAAUUACAUUGAAUGUGAAAGAGGAUUCAUGUUGUGGGAAGUCAAAAACUGUGACUGUGAAUAGUGGAAAAACUGCCGAGUUCAGCUGUGAAUAUUCACAGAAUCACAAAUAUAACAGGAAGACAAUAUUCAAAGAAGAACAAAACUCUAUUAAUGAGGAGAUCUCCAGCAUUGACACAUGGAAGAAGAAAGGAAGAUUCAGUAUUUCUGAUGACCGAGAUAAACAUUUCUUCAUUGUGAGAAUUACUGAUGUGAAACCAGAUGAUGGAGGAGUUUAUUUAUGUGCAGUUCAGAUCUACAGACACUCGUACAGUUACUCCAUCAUUACUACAACUGUUCAUCUACACAUUAUGAAUAAAGUGGGUUCAUAUAGAGUGAGCGGUUACUCAGGAGGUCAGAUCAUCAUCAAGUGUGAACACCCUCAGUACAAAACCAACCCCAAAUAUAUCUGUAAAGAAUCAGAUGAGGGAUGUUCUGAUGUUAAGUCUGCAGGAGUUGAGAAUAAAUGGAUGGAAAAUGGAAAUGUUUCUUUAUAUGAUGACACCAGAGGAGGAGUCUUGAUGGUGUUCUUUAGAGAUCUGAAUGCUGGAGAUGCUGGAACAUACAGGUGUGGAGUCAAUGUGUCUCAAUAUACUGACAGAGUUACUCAAGUCACGCUGGACAUCAAAGACGAUACUUCACUGGUGAAGAAGACAAUGAAAUCUGUUUAUGUUGGUGAGGAAGUGAACAUCAUCUGUCAGAUCCCAGAGGAACAUGAAGUCAGUUCAACACACUUUUGUAAAGAGGAUGAUGAUCACAUCUGUCAAACUGUCACCACAUCUGAAGUGACACAAAUGAGUUCUUUAUCUGAGAGAAAUGAAGCAAGAGUUUUUACUGUGAGCAUCAGUAAUCUGACAGUGAGAGAUGCUGGAGUUUACUGGUGUGGAACACAAACCAGUGGAGAACAUCUGACCUUCAUCUCUCUGACCACUGAAGUUCAACUCAAACUCAUCAAUAAAGUGGGUUCAUAUAGAGUGAGCGGUUACUCAGGAGGUCAGAUCAUCAUCAAGUGUGAACACCCUCAGUACAAAACCAACCCCAAAUAUAUCUGUAAAGAAUCAGAUGAGGGAUGUUCUGAUGUUAAGUCUGCAGGAGUUGAGAAUAAAUGGAUGGAAAAUGGAAAUGUUUCUUUAUAUGAUGACACCAGAGGAGGAGUCUUGAUGGUGUUCUUUAGAGAUCUGAAUGCUGGAGAUGCUGGAACAUACAGGUGUGGAGUCAAUGUGUCUCAAUAUACUGACAGAGUUACUCAAGUCACGCUGGACAUCAAAGACGAUACUUCACUGGUGAAGAAGACAAUGAAAUCUGUUUAUGUUGGUGAGGAAGUGAACAUCAUCUGUCAGAUCCCAGAGGAACAUGAAGUCAGUUCAACACACUUUUGUAAAGAGGAUGAUGAUCACAUCUGUCAAACUGUCACCACAUCUGAAGUGACACAAAUGAGUUCUUUAUCUGAGAGAAAUGAAGCAAGAGUUUUUACUGUGAGCAUCAGUAAUCUGACAGUGAGAGAUGCUGGAGUUUACUGGUGUGGAACACAAACCAGUGGAGAACAUCUGACCUUCAUCUCUCUGACCACUGAAGUUCAACUCAAACUCAUCAAUAAAGUGGGUUCAUAUAGAGUGAGCGGUUACUCAGGAGGUCAGAUCAUCAUCAAGUGUGAACACCCUCAGUACAAAACCAACCCCAAAUAUAUCUGUAAAGAAUCAGAUGAGGGAUGUUCUGAUGUUAAGUCUGCAGGAGUUGAGAAUAAAUGGAUGGAAAAUGGAAAUGUUUCUUUAUAUGAUGACACCAGAGGAGGAGUCUUGAUGGUGUUCUUUAGAGAUCUGAAUGCUGGAGAUGCUGGAACAUACAGGUGUGGAGUCAAUGUGUCUCAAUAUACUGACAGAGUUACUCAAGUCACGCUGGACAUCAAAGACGAUGCUUCACUGGUGAAGAAGACAAUGAAAUCUGUUUAUGUUGGUGAGGAAGUGAACAUCAUCUGUCAGAUCCCAGAGGAACAUGAAGUCAGUUCAACACACUUUUGUAAAGAGGAUGAUGAUCACAUCUGUCAAACUGUCACCACAUCUGAAGUGACACAAAUGAGUUCUUUAUCUGAGAGAAAUGAAGCAAGAGUUUUUACUGUGAGCAUCAGUAAUCUGACAGUGAGAGAUGCUGGAGUUUACUGGUGUGGAACACAAACCAGUGGAGAACAUCUGACUUCCAUCUCUCUGAUGACAAAUAUCCAACUCGCAUUGACUAUGCCUUCAGUAUAUGGAUAUGAAGGUGAAUCUGCUAAAAUAAUCUGUCCGUAUGAUCCGAUCUAUAAAUCAAAGUCAAAGUAUCUCUGUAAGGGGAAGUGCUCCACUAGAGAUAGAAAUCCUCUCAUUGAGACUGUGAGAGACCAGAAUGAGACCAAGACUGACAGACUGACUCUGAAUGAUGACAUCACAGCAAGUGUCUUUACUGUGACCAUCACUGGACUGACAGCAGAGGAUGCUGGGAAAUACUGCUGUGCAAUGACAUUAGAAAGAGGCGUGAAUUAUCUUUGCACUCAUCUCAUCAUUAUCAGGAAACAAGAGCUGAUCUUGAAUCAGUCUGAAGGAGACGACAUCUCAAUCAAGUGCAAACAUCAUGAAGAACAUCAGACAUUCUUCUGUAAAGGACAUCAAGCCUCAAUGUGUGUAAAGGAUGGAGUUUCAUUGGAGAGAAUCAGAGAUGAUGGAUUGUCUUUAAGUGAUGAAGCAUCUACUGGAGUCUUUACUGUAAACAUCACUGAUCUGAGACAAGAGGAUUCUGGGAUAUACUGGUGUGGAUCUGAUGCCGUCACUAAAGUCAUUCUAGAAGUGAAAAAGAAUGUUUCUGAUAAAAUCAUUGCUGGCAUCUGUGUGGCUCUGCUGCUCAUGGGUGGAUUAGUCCUGUUAUUAUACAAAUUUAGAAAUGUCAAGACACCAGACCGUAGCAGCUCCACAGACAGGAGAGAGAUGCGAAGUGGACAGGUCUCCCAUGCUGCCUGUGAAUAUGAGAAUAUUAAAGACCUCAGACAACAUUCAGUCUCACAUCCUGAGGAAACUGUACUAUAUGAUAAUGUGAAGAUCCCCACAAACUCUUCUGAUCCACAUAUGUUAUAUUCUACAGUACAGUUACCAUCAAAUCCCUUUAAUCGUCAUGAAGUAUUAUAUUCAACAGCAAAUUUCCCCUCAAACUCCUCUGAUGAGCUCCUGUAUUCUGCUGUCAGUUUUCAGAAACAUGAAGAUUCUCUCACUGAUGAUACAGUCACCUUCAGGAAAGAAGAGCAUUAAUCUGAUAACACAAAUGUAAAUCACCACACAAGACACAUUAUUCAGUUAGACAUAACUGUAUUAUAUUGUUCUUUAAACUUGCAUUGGUUCACAGGUCUUGUAUAAAUGAUGAAAAAUAGAAACAUUUUUGUUGCUGUUAUACAGUAACAGUUAUUUUUAGUUCAAUUAGCUCAUGGAAGCAGAAAGAUAAAGUGGCCAAUUUAUAGCGUGUUAUCAACUUCAUUCAAUUGGUUGCUGUCAUCAUGUCAGUUGUGUAUGUGUACAGACAGUGCGUGACUGAGAUAUUUAUUCAUAUUGAAUAUUGUGUGUCAUGUUCAUUUGUCUGAACCAUUCACAGUAUAUACAUUUAUUUAGUUAAAGUGCAAUUUUCAAGUAUAUGACACAUCAUAUCAAAAACGAUUCAUCAGUAAUGAUUAUUUAAGGGCUUUGCAAUGUCAGCAUCAUAAAGUAUGUGAAUACAUUAUUAUUUACGUACACAUAUUAUAAUAGGCCAGGCUUAAAAUGCAACCCUUUAAACCACAUAUACAGGCCGUUCCUGCUCUGCGACUCUAUCCACCAAGGCUCAUCCUUAGUGGAUAGAGGGUGAAUUGAAGAAUCCUGAUUUAUCAUUUCAUUUAAAUGGUCUGUUUGAGUUUGUCUUCCUCUACUGUUUAUAAGUAGACAUGCAGUUAGGAUGGGCUCUUUUGACUACAUACAAUGAAUGCCCCAGCAAUUAUCUGGGCAUGUAUUAUUCUUUAAGUAGACUUUGUACUUAGGAACUGCCCUACUGAGAAGAGAAAAGUCUACAACCAGUCUACAUCUUUGUGAUUUGCUGGUUUAGCAUGUUGGCCCGCUGUAGUCCCAAACUAGUCUGGAGACAAGUGCCCAAAACUCCUCUAAAACCAUCCAAACAGACCUGAUAUCAUGUUACCAGAUAUUAUUGACACUGAAAUAUGAUUUAUUAUGAAAGUAACAUUUUACUACUGAAGCAUAGCAGCCUUCAUUUUCUAGAUAAUGCCUUUUUAGAUAACUUAUACGCACCAAGUUUAAUUGUGCAAAAGAAUAGCCAACAGUUUAAAAUUAGACAAUAUUUCUGAAAUAAUCAUUUGGAUUGAGGCGUCCUCUCUAAAUCUCAUAUCAUAGACCACAUGAAGGUCCAGCACUUCAAAGUGUGCAGUGAAUAUAUAACUAGAUAGAAACUGUGAUGAUGGCUGGACAAAGCCUUGCUUGAAAAUUGACACUAUUUUUAAAAGUUUAAGUUUGAUGGUUGUACAGACAUUACAGUAAGACCAACAGCCAGCUAGCCAUGUAUAUUCUUAUGGAUUUUCAUAAGACAGAUCAAUCUAAAAAAAACAUUAAAUGAUUUGUUUUGCUAUAUUUUCUACCAUUUCUUAAUUUUAAUUGCUUUAAUGCUGAUUUUUAUUAGCAGCAUUUUUGGAUUCCUCAAAAGAUUAUGAAUGAGUCUCUGAGCAUUGUCAUGCACGUAUCUGAUAUUUCAGAGAAAUUCUGUUGUUUUUUUCUUGUGUAGUUAAUGUUUGACUUUUAUCAAUAUCCCUGUGUGUUUAGUUACAAAUGUUGAAAAUAACUUGUAUAAGCUUUUUAUAACUAGACAAAGUGCAUGGAUCAGAUUUUUAAUUUCCGUCGAUCAAUCAGCCAAUCAAAUCAAAUAAA